AGUUCCAAUUGUCCGGAACCUGUCAGGUACAGGAUCGAACGUUCAGGAACCUGCGGCAGAAUCACCAGACUUCUCACAACAAUAAACACGCACAUUCCCCUUGUAUCGACCCCUCACACACUGACGGAUCGGCACGGCUACAUUUCAUAGGGCAAACAACUCUAGGUUAUCUCAAUCUCAGAUCCUUAUCAUGUCCAAAGAGACGUCUCCCCCGUCGCAAUCGGUGACGGAACUCAACGCAUGUGUUUCAACAUCUAGCGGUCACCGGAAUCCCAAAGAAACCACUUUUCGAGAAUGGCUGUUGGAAAACCAGAUUGGUGCCUCUGUUACAAUCCUGGCGAUGCUAUUGGCGGUUCAUAACCUGUACCCAUCAUUGCGGCCUUAUACCGAGCCAUUCUUCCAGCUUCAAUACUACCAACCGAAUACCGGCCUCUACACUCAAGGAUGGGAUGAUAUCUACUUUGUUAUUUGUUCCGCCAUCGGCUUCACCGCAGUGCGCGCAAUUGCUAUCGACUGGGUGUUCUGGCCCAUGGGCCGACGUUGGGGUUUGAAAAGGAAAGCUUCAAUCCGACUUGCGGAACAAGCUUGGAUGGCCAUUUAUUAUGGCUUGUUUUGGUCAUGCGGAAUGUAUCUCUGGUCUCAUUCCAACUACUGGCUCGAUUUCAAGGCCGUCUGGUCCGACUGGCCGUCGCGCGAAAUGACCGUUUUCAUGAAGUGGUAUCUUCUUACGCAGUUGUCGUUCUGGAUGCAGCAGCUUUUGGUGAUCCACGUUGAAGAGAAGAGAAAAGAUCACUACCAGAUGCUUUCUCAUCAUGUUGCCACGAUCACCCUACUCACUUCCGCCUAUAUAUAUAGCUUUUACAACGUUUCCAACGUUGUUCUCUGCCUGAUGGACAUUGUGGACCUCCUUCUGCCGAUUGCAAAGAUUCUGAAGUACUUGAAGUACGAAAUGGCCUGCAACAUCGUCUUCGGUGUAUUCGUCCUUACAUGGCUCGUCACGCGCCACAUAGCGUACCCGCUUCUCUGCUGGUCGAUCUACAAGGAUGUCCCGGAUCAGAUGGCGUACGGUUGUUAUUCCGGUGCCACUACGGAGAUGAUCUCAACGAACGGAUACCCGGAUAACUGGGGCCAUCUCUUGGGUCCUUUCAAAGAUCUUAAUGGCCCAAUCUGUAUGAACCGUCGUGUCAAGUGGAUCUUUCUCUCUUUCCUCCUGUUCCUCCAAGGUCUUUCCUUGAUCUGGUUUGGAAUGGUCAUUCGCGUGGUCGUUGGAGUUCUGCGUACAGGAAAUGCUGAGGACACUCGAAGCGACGAUGAAGAAGACGAGGUGGAGUCGGACUCCCAAGUCAGCAGUAUGAGGCGAAAGGAGAUGGCUAAGAACAGCAUUGGUGACAGCAGCUCCAACUCGGAGGCAGCAUUCCGCAGGUCGAGCAGUCGUCCUGUUCGAAGCCGUGGCCGUGGAGGAAUCCGACUCGGUGAUCAGAGCGACAGGAAAGCCCUGCUUGGUCGUAUCGGAUGCGACAAGCCCACCUAACCCUUUGCAUUUCUGGCAUAUGAUAGUCUUUGUCUUUGUCUUCAUUUUAUUUCUCUCGUCAUCUUUAAGCGUGCUGUCGCUUUCGAAUGUAUGCCCUCUUCAGCAAAUCUGGGCUUGUUAUUUUCAACCUGCAAUUACACCUUCACGUCAA